AUGAAGAAAGUCAUAGCAGCCAGAAGCCGAAAACGUAAACAUGAUCGCUCUUGCUCACAAGAAGAAGUAGUUUCUGAUGAUGAACCUGUAACAGUCAAAGCCUCAUGUAAAAAAGGUUCUUGUGCACAAGAUAAGUCCUUCAGUUUCUUCUUUUCAGACCCAGACGUCCUUGAUUGCCCCAUUUGCUUUAAUCCUUUCACCACUCCAGUCUAUCAGUGUGAAAAUGGUCAUGUUGCUUGCUCUGUUUGCUGCUCGCGCAUUCUUGAGAAAAAGUGUGCCUCGUGCUUCUUGCCAAUAGGUUCCAUUCGUAGCAGAGCCUUGGAGAAAGUUCUGGAAUCUAUUCAAGUUCCAUGCACUAAUGCUGAAUACGGUUGCACGGAAACACUGCGUUACAGUGACAAGUCUGGCCAUGAAUCCCAAUGCAACUUUGUCCCAUGCUCUUGUCCACACUCAGAUUGUGACUUCGUUUCAUCAUUCUCGGAUCUACCCGCCCACUAUAGAACUGAGCAUGGUUCCUCAGCCAGCGCCGGAGUGAGGUUUUUGUACGAUAAGCCUUUCAUGGUCACACUGGAUUCUGAUGAUGACGUCACUAUACUUCAAGAAGUGAAUGGUGGAAAGUUGUUCAUAGUCCAGAAUUUUGUGGCGGGUCUUGGAAAUGCUGUCAGUGUUUUCUGCAUUCAGCCAGAGUUAUUGCCUAACUAUCGGUGCCAAAUUUCGGCCAAGUCAAAUGGAUGCAGUCUAGUGAUGAAUUCUUUUACAAAAAACACUCAAAACUCUGCUAUGGCUACUAUUCUUUCAUCAAGGUUUCUGGUCAUUCCAACUGAUUAUUUUGGUGCCGGUCAACCUCGCAAUUUAGAAAUUAGCAUAUUUAGGUCAUAUGAAUAG